GAAACAUCAACAGUACCCGGCGUAGCUCUGCAGUUGCACGGUUGAAGAACGAAGAUGAUGUACAGAACAUUGUUGUGUCUGGCCCUGUUCGUGGGCUCUGUAUCGGCCUGGGGAAGCUGGUUCGGCAAGAACAGGGAGACAGAAUGCGGUUCCUUCCGAAACCAAAGGAGGGGCUGGUUCUUCUCCAACUCCAUGACUGAUGUUGACACGCAUCAAGUUCUGGAUGACCUCAAGGCUUUCGACACCAACAAAGACGGCUACCUCAUUUUCGAAGAAAUGUACAACCUAGAAGUGGCAUCCACCAUGGACAGUUCCCUGAACCUGAACACUGGAAUCGAUCGUUGUGCCUUCGUGAUGUUUGAGAUGAAGCGGUAUGGCAUCAGCAAGGGUGUUGCAGGACGCCUCUUCGACUUAGAAGACGUCAACAAUGACCUCAUGAUCAGCACUGCCGACCAGGAUGUGGUUUACUUCAACCUGCUUGAUAAGGAUGCUGAUGGCCGAGUUCCUGUGUGUGACGUCUUCAAGGGCUUUAUGGCCAGGCUGGCAGAUCUGGAACACAAGGUCUACGCUGAAGAGCUGAAGUACACAGAACUCGUCUACAAGUUCAGGAAACCCUCUGUCUGGUGGUCCGGAUGGUGGUAAUCCUAAAUACAGGCGGGGUCGAUCUUGUGACCACACGGCCAAUAAACGUGAAGCUUUCUGAAUAAAAUGAUACAUGCUC